UGCAUUAUUCCUUCUCAAUUAACUAAGUGGGAGAGACAAAGAGAAAGAGAUGGGAAAAAAGAGCUUAGUUCUAUUGCUUUGUUUUAUUGUUAUGGCCAUGCCAAUGGUUAAAGGGGUUGACUUAGAACCCAAGGCUGUUGAAAAAUGGUUCGAAAAACUUCCCCAUGCAAAGCAAAAGGUAACCAAAUUUCAUUUCUAUUUCCACGAUAUACUUAGUGGGAAGAAUCCAACUGCAAUUCAAAUAGCCCGAUCCAAUACAACUGCUAAAUCUCCAACUUUAUUUGGGGGUGUUGCAAUGAUGGACGACCCACUAACAGUUGGGCCAGAGCCCAACUCAACAAUAGUGGGACGAGCCCAAGGAAUAUAUGGGUCAGCUGAUCAAAAGGAAGCUGCCCUUCUUAUGAACCUCAACUUUGUUUUCACAACUGGUAAGUACAAUGGUAGUACACUUAGUGUUCUUGGCCGGAAUCCUGUGUUUAAUCAGUACCGUGAAAUGCCGAUCAUCGGCGGUUCUGGUGUUUUCCGGCUAGCUCAGGGAAUUGCCACUGCAAAGACCGUUUGGUUUAAUUUAACCAGUGGGGAUGCUGUUGUUGAGUAUAAUGUUAUAGUCCGACAUUAUUCACAUUAAUUUUGGAGUUUUGCGCGUUGACUUUCAUUUUGUAAUUUCCUAUUUUAUUGUAUUUAAUAGGUCUAUUGUUUCUCUAUUUUUGUCUUAAGAAUAAGGAUGUGUAUUGAUGAUCAAUGAAAUAAGACCUUUAAGAUGUCUUGAAUUGUAUGGA